AUGAUGGAUCAGGAGGGUCCAUACCCACUAUCACAGGAGUUUCAAAGGGUGCUGCUAUCGACAGCACCUUCAACACUAUCACCGAUACUGGAUAGCGAGCAUGAUAUAACACCUCAGAACAGGAAGGCACAGACAGACGAUGACCUCUUUGACUUAGAAACACAGACAUUCGAGAAAUGGGUCCCCUUCCUGAGGCAAAGUGUUGAUAAAGAAGUUUUAGGUCAAGUUAGUGAGGAGUUACGCAAUUCGAUAGACGACAACUUUGAGGGUCUCGAGACUCAAUUUUUGCAGGAUUCGCAAGUGAGUGAUAAGUUGAAGAAUUCGAUUGGACAAGUGGCUAGAAUCCAGGAUUUGAUUGACCACUCAUUGUUACAGGAUGUUAAUGAUUUACAAGAGAAACUAACUGCUUCUACAAAUGAAGUGAUAACAAAAAAGCAGAUUUAUAUUAAUAACAAGAAGACUUCAUUGAAGAUUUCCGAAGCCACUAUUUUGAUUAACAAAGUACUUCAAAUUUUAGAACUGUCGAACAAAUGUCAAGAGCUAAUUGUUGAAGCAGACUUUUUCAAGGCUUUACAGAAUUUGGACAGUUUGGAGAAGAUAUAUUUGCAGGAGUUCAAGAAUUACAAUUUCCAAUUUUUGAGAGAGAUAUAUGGAUCAAUACCAUUUCUCAAGAGUACAAUCAAAGAUGAGUGCAUAAAUCUGAUAAGAAACUCAUUCAACUCAAACCUGGGGAAGAACCUAAGCGACGUUGGGGAGACUGUUUUCAAAGUUUACAAUGAAGAGUUGGUCCCCAUGUGGCUGGAGAAGAGGGACUCGAUGAAGCUCACAAGCUUCAAAUUCAAUUCCCCCGUAGAAAUAUCUAUGAGGGAUGAAGUUACGUUGAAGAAAACCGAUCUGGAGAACUUCUUUCAUUUAGAUGAGUUUCAUGAUUCAAUCCUCAUAUUUAAGAGUCUUGGCGAGCAAGACUAUCUAAUAUCAGAGUUCACCAAGGAGUACAAUUUCCGAAAGAUAAAAUUAACUGACCCUUUAUCCUAUAAAAAGUCCCCACCAAGCAGCCAUAAACCAGGCGACUUAUCAAAUGACCCUUUUGCUCAACUAUUGACUAUGGAUAACUUGAAGGAAUUUUUCUUGAAGGUUUUAGGCUUUCUACUUUAUGACAUUAGCCUACAAAGAUCUACCGAUUUUAUUUUUGUUGAGAAUAACUACAAUGCUACUAACGAGUUCUGGGAUGGAUUGAUGAGCAGACUAGAACCUUAUUUAAGGUUCUUUAUAACUGAGAAACUACAAACUGAGGAAGAGUUAAGUGCUUUCAAAGAUUUUGCAUGUGUUUACGUCGCAAUACUGGAAAAUUACAAGCUUAACAUUGAACCUCUCUCUAAGAUUCUGAGAUCACUGUUCCUCAAAUUUUGUCACAUUGCGACAACUGCAUUUAAACAAGAAUUUGACGUUUUACUCAAUGAUGAUGAUUUUAUGCCGUUAACUAUAAAUGAUCGCCACCUGUAUGAAAAGGUCUUGAAAAUAUGUUGGAUGAAGGAAGAUGAACUAGUGAAAUGUCAGGAUGCUGCGACAAAUGAAAACGGAGAGUUCUUUGUUACUUUACCAUUUUCACCGCUGUAUCCAAUGACAUGUACUCUAAUCAAGAAAACGUAUACCAAACUCACAUACUUUAUUGGGUUUUUUUACCGCCAUGACCUACACAAAUUGAGUAACACUCUGGUUGCCACUAUAGAUACAAUCUUCAGUAAAGUUGUCAAUGAAAAGAUUCGGGCAAAACUAGAUACAACAUCAAGAGAGGAGAUUGCUCAAAUUCUUAUCAACCUUGACUAUUUCAUCAUAGCGGCAAAGGAGUUCAGCCACCUGAUGUCUAAGGAAAACAUAGUACAGAACCCUACAAUUGAAAUAAGACUCUCGUCGAUCAAGAAAUAUGUGGAGAGUAGAAAGUAUGCUGAAACGAAGUUGAUUGAGUUGAUCGAUACCAAAGUGUCAGAUAUUUUAGAGACUGUUGAACUGGAUUGGAAUGCCACAACAGUUAGGACAGAGCCCGAUAUCUCAAUCAUAGAUAUUGCACAGUUUCUAGAAAUGAUGUUUUCUUCUACACUGGUCAACCUUCCUUAUAGUGUCCAGACAUUACUGAUUUUCCGAGAGUUUGACUCUUUGACGAGGCAGUUCUUAGACGUUCUUUUGCAUGGUACCCCGGCACAUAUCUCGCAAGAAAGUGUUCUCAACUUCGAGGUUGACAUGCGAUAUCUGGAGAGCAUAAUUCCCAGAAUUUUCCCAACGUCUGGUGAUGAAAGUCCCAACAAUAGCAGCGAAUUGCAAUCACCAAUGACCGCAGCAUCCCCAACUAUCACAGGAUUCGGUCGCUCGACAAACUCCAUUGAAAACAAUAUCAAGUCCCUGGAGGCCACAUUUACCGAACUAAAGCAAUGUAUCGAGCUAUUGAAACAAGAGAACUUUACUGAAUAUGCAGACCCUGAAAUUAGACCAAGAAAAUAUCCCAGAGUCAAACCUGAGGAUGCCAGCAUCCUAAUACGCAAAGCUCAAGUGCACUCUUCCAGUGCAACUGCUUUGGAAGAUGAUAGCCGUGGCUCGUUGGGCGCGGACUCUAGCGGUCGGGAUCUAAGCUCUAACAGCAGCAGGAUUGCCAAGUUUUUCAAUAGAUAUUAG